AGAAUAUUCAAUUUUCAUUGCCUCCAAUGAGAAAUUGUGUCCGGCUACACUGUAUUUUUUUCUAUUGUUUGUGUUGUACGGAGCUCUACUUUAUCAUCCUGAGCACUGUAUUUAAUAUUUUGACUCUUUCAUGUGGACAAAUGAGAUCAUAAUAAAUUGCUUAAUUAAAAGCUUCUGUGUGCGUUUCAUGGAUGCCAACCUCGGAAUGGUGUGAUCCUGUGGAAUUCCUAACGUUGUAGCAGCUCACAUUACUGGAUUAAAAGCAGGAAAACAACAGCGUUAGACAUGUCAUUAGCAUGCGGCUUUGUUUGAGCCUAUUGUGUUUUUUCCUCGUCUCUACUGGCUAAAUUCCAAGGAGCAAAUGCUUGGCCAUUGUACCAGCUGAGAAUGGACCUUUGGUUUAAAUCAAAUGAGGCUUCCCAUGCUCUUUUAAGUGCGGCGGUUUAAGAACAGUGAAAUACCGACCUUAAAUAUGAUUAAGACCAAUGUGGCGUAUUACUCAUCAAUAACACAAAAUGAAUGGCUGUAAUACGGGACAGGAUGAACAGAAGAUGUUUUGUUUUCCACAUUCCAGUCAUUGGGGUGGCGUGUGCAUCAAAGCAAUAUUGCCUUUGGAAGAAAUCAGCUGGGAAUAGAAAUACACAACCUCCACCUGGCCGCGGAGCUGGGAAAGACCUUGCUGGAGAGGAACAAGGAGCUGGAGGACUCCCUGCAGCAGAUGUACAUAACCAAUGAAGAACAAGUGCAAGAAAUUGAGUACCUGUCAAAACAGCUAGAAGUCCUUCGGGAUAUGAAUGAACAGCAUGCCAAAGUGUACGAGCAACUGGACGGGACCGCAAGAGAGCUUGAACACACCAACCAAACACUCGUGAAUGACAGCAAGACCUCACAGCAAAAGAUAGAGGGCUUAACAGGGACCAUUGAGACUUUGCAGAAUCAGGUGGAGUCCCUCUCAAGACAGGUGGAGCAGUUGCGCUCUGUGGAACAGCUCAGAGUCAAGAGGGAGAAGAGGGAACGACGCAAGACCAUCCACUCCUUUCCUUGUCUGAAGGAACUUUGCACAGCACCCAGGUAUGAAGAUGACUUUGUGGUGGGCAGGGCUGAAAGCUUUACUUUGGAGGCGAAGCGUCAGCCAUUCGAAGAGGAGAACAAGCAUCUGAGAGAGGCAGUGUCAGCCCUGCGAGCGGCUAUUCGGACAGAGCGGGGGCGCCGAGAGGGUGUGGAGAAGGAGUGCAAACUGCUCCUUGCAGACUUCUCGCGGCUGCAGACACGUGUGCAGGACGCUGAGAGUUGUCAGGCAAGGGUGAGGGAGUUGGAGGUGGAGCUCCAGGAGCUACAACAGCUACGCCGAACCCGAACUUUCCUUCUUGGAUCUGAGGAUGACGGUGUAACCCUGACCCAGACUGUCCUCAAUAGCACCCCAGAGACCGACACCUUCCUUGAGGGAGAGAUUGGUGAGACAGGAGGAGGUGUAAGGGAGGAGGCGGACGGUGGCGCCGGUGUGGACGGGGAAGCUCUCCCCGAGUCAAACCCUGUGAGAAAAAGCUGUAGCGACACAGCACUCAAUGCCAUUGUCGCCCGGGAUGCAUCUGGCCGCAGGAGAGGGAGCUACGCACUUCAUGCCAACAGUGUGAGGAAGCGAGGGAUGUCCAUCCUCAGGGAGGUGGAUGAGCAGUACCACGCUUUACUGGAAAAAUACGAGGAGCUGCUGGGAAAAUGCAGGCGCCAUGAGGAAAGCCUUUGCCAUGCAGGCGUCCAGACGUCCCGACCCGUCUCUCGAGACCCUUCCAUGAAAGACUGUGCUAUGGGCCACACCCCUGCCCCUCCGCCUACUCCCACCCAGUCGCCUUCCACGCCAGAAGCCAUCGAGAUGAUCGGCAAGCAAGUGGAGGCAGUGGAUAAGCGUUUGGGACAGAACGCACCAGAGUACAAGGCUCUCUUCAAGGAGAUAUUUUCUCGUAUCCAGAAGACCAAGAUGGAUAUUAAAGCUACCAAAUCCGCAAAAUCCAGCAAAUCUAGCAAAUCAGGCAAAUCUAAUAAAUAGUGACGUGUCUUGCUAGAGAGGACAGUUGUAGUACAAUAUCAGUGUUUAGUGCUUUUGCACUGUGAAACAUACACACACCACCCAACACAGGCAAAAUAGAUACACCGUCAUACACAUCCAUCCAUUUUCAGCAUUACUUGACCUCAUUGUGGUGGCAGAUGAGCUGUGGCCUAUCCCAGCUCACGGAGGUGGGGAAGCAGGGUAUAUAUACCCUAUACACCCUGUAUAGGUCACCAGCCAGUCUCUGGGCACAAAUGGACAACCAUUUUAAGUCACAUUCAUACCAUACAUGGACAAAUUACAGUCUUCAAUUAACCCAACACAUGUUUGGAAAUGUGAGAAGAAGUCGGUGUCUGAAGUUAACCAAUAGCUAGCAGUACUCAUUGAUAACUAAAAAUGUCUAUUUGAAUAUGUUGGCUACAACAAUAUGAGUAGUACAGUAUAUAUUAAAAUCUAUAGACACACUUAGUGGCAUCAAGUGCUAAAUCUUACUUUAGAGCUCUAAUACUAACCUCUUCUAUGCCAGAAUUGUAGCGUUAAGUUUCUUAUCUUAUCAGCUGAGAAAAUAAAUUCAUUUUAUGGAAAAUGCUAUGUACUUUUAACAAAGAAACAAUGUAAUUUAAAAUGUGGAAUGGCACUCAGUAGAACACAGACCUCUGCCAGGAUUGAAAUACGACUAUAUACCAUAUACAGUAGAUUAUAUAUAAGGGAAGUAAAAAAAAAGUAAACCCAUUUUAAUAUCACCUACAAAUAAAUAUUCAAUCACAGCAAAACGGGAAAAUAAUUCCUCAAAAAAGGGGAAAAAACAAUGGAGCACUUUAUUAAUUGACAACUCUAAUGACGUAUAAUGAGAAAUAGUCAAUACCAAUAGGAAUAAGAUGAUGGGACAAUUCAUUCAUUUCAUUCUGUUCUCAUACUCACUCAAACAGUGAAUAAAAAAGGGGAGGGCUAUAACUGCAUUUUAUCCUAAUUUGCACAGACAAAAGAAAUAUGUCGUUGCGUAGCACAUGUGAAAGCUUUCUGCAAGUCCUACAGAAAUCGGAUUUGUCAUUUUUGCGUAAUCCUUAUACUUACAAACCAACAACGCCAUUUCAAACACUUCUCAAUUUCGGAAAAAAAUCGUUUUGUAAGUAGUAGUUUUGCAGUAGUCAGCCACUCACCCACAUGAACAGUUUUUUGGUCACAAUUACAGUUACGUUUUGUUUGAAAGCCAUUUUUAGUCCAUAAAUAUAAUACAGUGGAAUGAAAAACUAAGUAUGGCAGUAAUUUAGCGUACCUUCUGGUGCUGGAAUAUAUGUUAUUCUACCACAUGCCGUUCAUAAUCUUAAAAUGUUGUAUGAUGUAGACUGAGUGUCCCCCAUCAUCAACUUCCUAUUACACUACAGCUGAUGAAUAUAAAAGCUCGCCACCAUAUUAUUGACAUGAAUACACAUGGAAAUAUCUUUUGUAUGUUAAACCACGUUGUGUUCAAAAUAAUGUACUCUAUUAACAUUUCUGUAAAAAUAACUGGUUUGUGUUGAGGCUGUAGUGCUACUGUUUCCAUUACUUUUAGUAGGAGUUCAAUAGGAAUAAUGAUACCACUAUCUGAAGGCCUAAAGUGAAGUUAUUGCCUUUGCCCAUAUUUACUGCAUAGCUUUUUAAUUAACACAUUUAAUGUUUAGGUAAUGCUGUGACUUUCGACUUGUCCCCUCAGAGGUUGCCACUGAGAGUCGCACGUAUGAUUUGUUUGCCACAGUUUUAUUUUCAUGCCAAAUACGUAUCCUGCUUUUUUUUUUUUUUAAAUACAGGUUUGGUACUGGGAUUGGCUUGGUUAAAGGUCACUGUCUGGGAAUCAAAUGCACGGUCUGCAUGGAAGUUAUCAGCCUGUACCACUACACUAUCAAUGUGUUUGCUUCUGCAAUGCUUGUGUAAAAAGAACAUGACGAACACUCUCACUAAUUGCUCAGAUUCUGCUGCCUUUGAGAAAUUCUGUAAAGGAUCAUGUUUGCUGAUUUUAUUGUGCCUUAGCAUCAACAGCUCCAAACAAAUUGAAAGUGGGGCCCAGUACAUACAGUAUUAACAUCUUAAUCCAUAUUUAUCACAUGAGAAACCCCACACAUGAUGAAAAAAAACCCCAAAUCGUGUUAAACUGGUUUUAUAGAAUGCUGUAUUUGAGAUGAUCAACUGCAAAUUGACCUAAUCUCCACGGACUAGCUCCUCCCUGAAAUAAAAUCUCUGUUUUAGAUCCAAGACUGACCUGUAAGAGGCAGCAGAGUGCCAAAGAGAAUACAAAAAAACGGAAAAUACAAAAAAGAAGAAAGAGGAACAGCAGCACGAGCAUGUGAUUAUCUAAAAAAAAAAAAAAAAAAAAUACAAAAAACAUUUUAAAUUCACAAGCCGAAAGGAAAAGAAGAAGAAGAAGGGGUGUUGCUAGAUCAGGGGUGUAGAACUCCCUUUGGUCUGCGGGCCGAAUACAGCUUAAUUUGAGAUCAAGCGGGCCGAACCAGUAAACUCAUUACAAAAUUACAUAGAACUAACAAUAAGCCCACUUUUUUCCUUUGUAUUCGUCACUAAUACUAAUAAUUAGUGCAAAGAAUGAGUAAAUUAUCAAAAUGUUUAUUAACAGAAUUUUUCUUUUACAUUAUGAACAAUGUCCAAGCUUACAGAGGCAAAUCUGUCCUUCAGUUCUACAUCAGACUGCAAAUCAAUGAUUUCAAGUUGCAUGGCAACGGGCAAAUCAGAAGCUUUGACUGUGAAUGGUGAGCGAAAAACUGCAAAAUCUGUUUCGAGUUCGCUAAAAACCUGAAAUCUUUUCUCAAACUCCAUCAACAGCCCUGAAAUCUUCUCUUUGUACCGUUUCACGUCAGAAUUAACGCUUGCUGCCCACAUAUCUUUUAAACAGGGAAAAUGAGCAGGGUCACCGCUUGCCACCUGCGUCUCCCGUAACCCGAGCUUUAACUUGAAUGCCCCCACUUUGCGUUUUAGUUGGUGGUCCAAAUCUGCAGAGAGUUCCGAAAUCCUGUCUGCCACGGUAUUUCUUGUCAAGCUUAUAUUGGCGAAAGCAUGUCGCUUCUCAGGACACACAAUUUCAGCAGCCGUCAGCAAGCAGUUUUUGAUGAACUCUCCAUCACUGUACGGCUUUGAUGGCGUUGCUAUUUGGCUCGCAAUUAGGUAGCUGGCUUUCACCGCAGCAUCACUGGCUGAAAACAGAUUGCUGUUUCUUCAGACGCGCCAUCAUUUCAUUUACCUUCUGUUUUCUCAAUUCUCCAUGCAAACUGUUGUAUUUUUCACCAUGCUGAGUUUCGUAAUGGCGCCGAAUAUUGUAUUCUUUAAGCACCAAAACUUGCUGCUGGCACACCAGGCACACGAAUUUCCCAUUCACCUCCGUGAACAUAUAAGUACAUGUCCAUUUUUCUUGAAAAGUCCGACACUCUGUGUCUACUUUUCUCCUUUUUGACAAAGACAUUUUGCUGAUGAGGGUGCGAGGCAAACGGAAAAGUAGAUAAUGCAAUUGUCGCCAAUAGAUGCUGUACAGACGUUCAAUUUUACCAGGUCAAGGUGGUCCUAGUUCCCCCGCAGUGUUGCUUUCAUGUUGUCUGCACGUACUAAAACACUGCGCCCCCUAGCGGAUAAUACAAGAACUACAAAUUUGAAAGAAAAUUCAUAUUUUUUCAUCCAAUGCAGGUUUCUUCCCCGGGCCGUACCAAACCACCAGACGGGCCGGAUCCGGCCCGCGGGCCGUAUGUUUGACACCCCUGUGUUAGAUUUUGGCGUUUGGAACGUCUCCCCACCCCCCAAAAAAUAGCCUGACAGCCUGGGGGUUUGAUGGAAAUUUAGUUGCCCCAAAACAAUCAUAAACUGUCAGGAUGGGGGAGGGUAGAGUUUAGAGGAGGGCAAUUAAACAUCACCAUAAACACAUACUAAUAUUUUGGUAGCAAAUUUUAUAGGCCUAGAGAAUUCACUGUAUUACUACAUUUUAGAACAUAAUUUCCUUCAAACAACAUUGAACAUGAGGCAUGUUGAAGUGCCAGGGGUGUGUCUAACACUUGCAAUAUUAUAAAACAAACUGACCAAGAAAAAUCUUUUGAUGAUUGCCUAUGUAUGUUAUACAUUUUUCCUUUACUGAAUGUUUUUACCAUGUUGAACACAAAAACAAGCUGGCAAACCUGAACCAGGCUCAGGCAUAUUUGAUAUUGACAUUGAAUUGAAAUGGUGUAGGACGGAAAGUAUUUCUUCAUUCUGAUAAAUAAAAUCGGAUAACUGUAAUAUACCAAGUACAUUUUAAGCACUGUUAAUCCAGUUAUAAUGCAUUUAGAGAACUAGUAAUGCAUAACUACAAGCUUUUUAUCAGUGUUUUUGUUUUAUCCUUUACACUUGGAAUCAUUUUGUGCCUCUUUGCAUUUUUGGGAGUGGAACUGUACCAUUGUAUUUAUUUUUUACCAACACAGUGUCAUACUAUAAAUUCAUUGCUUUACAUUUACUAUAAUCCAUGUGCUUUAUUAUGAUUGAGAUUCAUAUUUUAGAUUUAUCUCGUAAAUUCAAGUCAAUAUUCAUACUAUUGUCGCUCAACGAAGGUCUGUUGUUAA